AUGGUGCAGUCGAUGCCGCCAGCAGCGCUCUGGGGCAAGAUGGCGUUAGGGGGCAAAGGGAAUGGGCUGUUCUUCAUUGGUUCCCAAGCCCCCGAUGUCCUGGGGGGCAGAAAACGAGGGAAGCGCUUUGGGGAAGUGGACCCCCAGGGCGGCCCAGUGGCGCCCCCAAACCCACACCGCGUCACGGAGGUCCGCAUGGUGCCGAGGGCCCCCUCUCGCCUCGCCAACACCCCUUACUUGCAGGCCUCGCACUUCCAGCUGGGCUUCGACCGGCGCCCCGAAGGCGCCACGGUGAUCUCGCCGUACCGUAUCGACUACCCCCCUCGGUGGGGCAGCUUCCGCAGCCAAGCCAUCCGGCCCCCCAAGUGUGCAGGGGUCCUGAACCAAGACAUGGACUGCUCCCCUUGGGACACCCGCUCGGAGACCUACCUCUCCUACCCUCCCCGGAGGCUGGAGGAGAGGGUGCCCGCCCACCCGCCCUCGCCCCACCUGAAGAUGCACAGAGACCCCCGGCAGGGCACCUUCACCUCCGUCACCAGGGACAGCUACCCCUACCCGCCGGCCCUGCCCCGCGAAGCCCCCCGCCGGGGGGACAAGUGGGACGACAGCGUCCCCAGCGGGGACAAGGAGAAGCAACCGCUGCCCGCUUCGCUCUACCAGCAAUCCUACCCAAGCCACGGGCGGACGGAGCCAGCCGUAAAGGCCCCGAGUCAGCACCUGGGAGGAAAGUCUCCCCUGAGAGGGGGCGGCUGCCCUGACUUCGGCACCACGUACCAGACUUACUACACGGGGAAAUGGGGGCCCCCCGCCGAAAAGCACUUUGACGAGAAUCUGGUGUCGGUCGUAUUUGGAGACCCCCGGUGCCAUCAGAUGCUGACCGAGCAAAAACGGGCGUACACCCCCAAGGAAUCUGACUGCCAGCGCUAUGACCCAGAGAGGGCAGCCGCCCAGGUCCGCCAGACGAAUAUCCAGCCAGGAGAUGGGAGGCAGGAUUUUACCACUGUCAUGUCUGAAGCGUAUCCCUGGAGGGACCCAGGACCAUUGCACAUCAUCAGUGAGAGAAAGAACGAGUCCUCCAUUCUCCGAGGAGAUCGGGACCCCGAGAGGAACAGGCAAAACGCCAAUACCACCAUCCACCGCUAUUACUACAGAGAGCCAAACCGGGAGGGGCCAGCAUCCCAGGCUGUCCCCAAACCCCGGAAAGACUUGACCUUGGGGGACAACCGCUAUUCCUACUUCUGCACCACGCAACACGACGACUAUCGCGAGCCCCCCGAGACCCGCAAAUUGGAUGUGAACAAGUGGAAGAUCAUGCGGAGCAACAUCCCUUUCAACUAUCCUGCCCCCGUAGGCCUCACCACUAGCACCCAGGACAUGCUGGUUCCUCACCAGCAGGCGAAGUACCAGGUCUCGGAGGAGGAGCUACAGAAGAUUAAGUAUUCCCACCUGGUCCACCCCUGGAAGGACUGCCGCUGGUUCAGCACAGAGCAGAAAGACGCCUACACCAACAAAUACGAGGGGCCCGUCAGCCUGGUGUUGGGGGACAACCAGAGAAGCAGCCUCCCCCUGGGGACCUUGCCAAACUAUUCCCUCCGGAAGACAAUCACCCAUGCAAACGUCUGCCUGACCGAAUAA